AGAUCUAACGGUGGUGAAAGAAACCCUAGUCGACUGAAGUAGGACUCGCUCCUCUUUAAAGUCCGAAACCUCUCACAUUUUUCUUCCUCUCUUCCUAUCUAUCUCGCUCUCACCUCAAGUCGGCGAGAGAGAACUCCCCUCUAGUGUCUUCAGCCUCAGUUUUUGCUAACAAUUCAUCAUGGGUAAGGAAAAGUUCCAUAUCAACAUUGUGGUCAUUGGCCACGUCGACUCUGGCAAGUCGACCACCACAGGUCACUUGAUCUACAAGCUUGGUGGUAUUGACAAGCGUGUGAUCGAGAGGUUCGAGAAGGAGGCUGCUGAGAUGAACAAAAGGUCAUUCAAGUAUGCCUGGGUGUUGGACAAGCUCAAGGCUGAGCGUGAGCGUGGUAUCACCAUUGAUAUUGCCUUGUGGAAGUUUGAGACCACCAGGUACUACUGCACUGUCAUCGAUGCUCCUGGACAUCGUGAUUUCAUCAAGAACAUGAUUACUGGUACCUCCCAGGCUGAUUGUGCCGUCCUCAUCAUUGACUCCACCACUGGUGGUUUUGAAGCUGGUAUCUCCAAGGAUGGUCAGACCCGUGAGCAUGCUCUGCUUGCUUUCACUCUUGGUGUCAAGCAGAUGAUUUGCUGCUGUAACAAGAUGGAUGCCACCACUCCCAAGUACUCAAAGGCAAGGUACGAUGAAAUCGUGAAGGAAGUCUCUUCCUACCUGAAGAAGGUUGGGUACAACCCAGACAAAAUUGCCUUUGUUCCCAUCUCUGGAUUCGAGGGUGACAACAUGAUUGAGAGGUCCACCAACCUCGACUGGUACAAGGGCCCUACCCUCCUUGAGGCACUUGACCAAAUCAAUGAGCCCAAGAGACCCUCAGACAAGCCCCUCCGUCUCCCACUUCAGGAUGUGUACAAGAUUGGUGGCAUUGGAACUGUGCCUGUGGGACGUGUUGAGACUGGUGUCAUCAAGCCUGGUAUGGUUGUGACUUUUGGCCCCACUGGACUGACUACUGAAGUCAAGUCUGUGGAGAUGCACCACGAAGCUCUCCUGGAGGCUCUUCCCGGUGACAAUGUUGGGUUCAAUGUGAAGAAUGUUGCUGUCAAGGAUCUCAAGCGUGGUUUUGUUGCAUCCAACUCCAAGGAUGACCCUGCCAAGGAAGCUGCUAACUUCACCUCACAGGUCAUCAUCAUGAACCACCCUGGCCAGAUUGGAAAUGGAUAUGCUCCAGUGCUCGACUGCCACACCUCCCACAUUGCUGUUAAGUUUGGUGAGAUUUUGACCAAGAUUGAUAGGCGAUCUGGUAAGGAGAUUGAGAAGGAGCCCAAGUUCUUGAAGAAUGGUGAUGCUGGUAUGGUUAAGAUGCUUCCCACCAAGCCCAUGGUUGUUGAGACCUUCUCUGAGUACCCACCUCUUGGUCGUUUUGCUGUGAGGGACAUGCGUCAGACAGUUGCUGUUGGAGUCAUCAAGAGUGUUGAGAAGAAGGAUCCAUCUGGUGCCAAGGUGACCAAGUCUGCUGCUAAGAAGAAGUGAGAUGUGCCAAUGAAGUCAGUCCUACCCUUAGCUAGGCUAGUUUUGUUUAAUGCACUUUCCAUUUGAAUAUUUUUGUGUUAUUCUGGAAGUUUUGUGGACACAUAUGAAACCUUGCAUCGCAGUCCUCUAGCCUUGGUUGGAGGAGUUGAGCAUCUAGAUGUAUUUCUGGGUGCUUGGCGAUCUGUGUUGCUUUCUUUGUUUUAAAUUUCAGUGUUUUUCGGUUAUACAUUGAGGUGAGUUGUGUUGUUGCUUGAUGAACAGCUUCUUAAUGUUGUAACUUUUAUAUCUAUGACUAUCAUUUUAAAAUCUCGUUCUGUUGAUCA